AUGAACAUCUUUGGUCGUUCUUCCCCACCACCUAAAUGGUCAGCUCAAUUCUGCGGCUGUGGAGAAAACCCAACAACAUGUUUGAUAACUUGCUGUUUGCCAUGCAUCACGUUUGGCCAAAUUGCAGAAGUUGUAGAUGAAGGACGUAGUUCUUGUGCGGUGCAAGGAUGUGUGUACGGGUUACUGAUGACCAUUACAUGUCACUGGCUGUAUUCAUGUCUUUACAGAGAGAGACUGAGAGCAAAGUUCGGUUUACCAGCUGAACCUUGUUGUGAUUGUUGUGUUCAUUUCUGUUGUGAAGCAUGUGCAUUGUGUCAAGAACAUGCUGAACUUAAAGCAAGAGGUUUGGACCCUUCGAAGGGUUGGAUUGGGCCACCACAUGCUCCUCCGCCUCACAUGCCUCCUACCAUGUUUCGAUGA